UAGAAUACAAAGGCAAAUGAAGGUCUCGUGGGGCGAAAGAAAAUGAUGUUUAAUUGACUCUUGAGUUGCCGAUUGGUUGACACCGCUAUUAUUUUGUUUCAACUCGAGUGACCAACCGUAGACAAUUAUUUAUGUUAUUCGGAAUUCAGCUAUUUGACAUACACGUACCUAACGAGCAGAGGGGUCAACGAUAGUAGGUCUGUUCUGUUCUCUUUCUCACUGUUAUUAGGCUUACUUGAAGGCUAGAGCUACUUUAUGGCGUCAAAAGCAACAAUGUCCGCUAAGGACAUCAAGCCAAUGCCACAAGAAUGUUGGCGAAUGAUGCGAAAAGGUUGUAAUAUGCAGAAGAUUUGGAUUGGAAUGAAAACCAAAGUAAAAGCACCCAGAAAACCUCAAGAAAAGAAGACAAACUUAACUAAAGAUCAGAAACAAGUUGUCUUUACCCUCAAAAGAAAGGAAAAAAGAGUCAAUAUUCCUGAUAUAACCAAAGUGAUUACCUGUGAAAGCGACCCUGAAAAGUUCCAACUUGUCAAGAAUUAUUUCUCCGUGGAGGCUUGCUUUUGUGUGAUUACGUCGACUUCGGAAGAAAUUUUCUUCGCUGCUCCAAAUAUCGACGAAGCAAAUUUAUGGGUAAAUGGACUCCAGCGUUUGAUAGAAAACGCAACCACAAAGAACAGAGGCGAAGAACGAAGAGUUUUAUGGCUUUCAAAAGCGUUUUCCAGACUUACGAAGGAAGGAAACGAUUUCGUAAAGUACGCUGAUUUGUUGAAUUUCCUUACUUCGCAAGGAAUGAAUGUUGAUCCACUUUUUGUGAAGAAAUCACUGAAGAAGUUCAUGAUGGAGAAAAAGAAAACUGGCGAUCAAAUCACGCAAGAAGAUUUUGUCCAAUUUCUUGGACAGUUUAUGAUGAGGAAAGAAUUCUUCAACCUAUUUCUUCAAACGUCUUCCGAUGGGUCUUUCCUUACAGUGGAAGACUUAGAGUAUUUUCUGACGAAGCGACAGGGGGAAUGUUCAGUAUCUCGUGACAAUUGUCGGCAGCUAAUCACAUCUUAUGAAGUCACACAAGAAGGUCGAGAAAGUGGCGAAAUGGGUAUUGAUGGAUUUAUCAAGUACAUGUCAUCUAAAGAUGGAGAGCUCUUCAAUCCAGACCACGAGAAAGUUUACCAAGACAUGACUCAACCUAUAGCUCAUUAUUUUAUAGCUUCGUCGCACAACACUUACCUUUCCGGUGAUCAGCUGCAGGGUGAUUCAAGUGUUGAUGAGUAUGUGAAGGUCCUAAAGGGGGGGUGUAGGUGCGUCGAGCUGGACUGCUGGGAUGGCGACAAUGGAGAGCCAGUUGUAUACCACGGCCAUACUCUGACAUCCAAGAUCCUCUUCAAGGACGUCAUCGAGGCUGUCAAGAAGCACGCCUUUGAAGUGUCUCCCUAUCCUGUCGUGCUUAACAUGGAGAACCACUGCAGUGUUGAGUAUCAGAAAAAGAUGGCUCGCCAUCUGAUUGAAAUCCUGGAUGACUUGUUGUACAAGGACCCARUGGACAAGAACCUGACAGGCUCACCGUCGCCUGAGACGUUUAAAUAUAAGAUCUUUGUUCGAUCAAAGAAGCUGAAACAGGAAGCGGAAGAGAGCAAUGAAGAGUUCGCGAUGGAUGAUGAUGACGAUGACGAUGAAGACGAUGAGGAAGAGGAGGAGAAGGACGAGGAGAAGGAGAAGGAGAAGGCUAGACCAAAAACGGCGACCAAUCAGAAUGUACAAAACAAUCAAGCAGAAGUUACCACUGAUGUAAAAAAGAAGAAAAAGCCACCAAAGCCAAUCGCUAAAGAAUUCUCUCUUCUCAUUAACUACUUCAUCAACACGCACUUCGUCAGCUUCGAUCAUUCAACCACACACGGUCAAUACUAUCAGUCCUCGUCCUUUUCUGAAAACAAGCUGUCAAAAUUCUUGGACAGGGAACCCGAUGUUUUUGUAGAGCACAAUAAGAAACAACUUAGCAGGAUAUACCCAGCUGGAUUCCGCGUUGGCUCUGGUAACUACGAUCCACAAGAAGCUUGGAACGUUGGUUGCCAGAUCGUAGCCUUAAACCAUCAAAAUUGCUCCAAAGCCGUCCAACUUCAUCAUGGAAGGUUCCGCCAAAAUGGCAAAUGCGGCUACGUCUUGAAACCUGAAUUUCUCCGAAACCCUGAUAUAAAGUUCAACCCAUUUGACCUCCGUAACCUUGGACACAUGGCUCGUAAAUUGAAGGUCACUAUCAUCGGUGGAUACCGCUUGUCACCACCUAACUCAAAGGAGCCCGACAGAAUCAAGGACUACCUUGACCCUUACGUUGUCGUCAACAUCCACGGCGUCCCCGCAGAUAAAUUCUACUUUAGGACAAAGACCAUCAAGGACAACAGCUACGAUCCGAGGUGGGAUGAAGGUUUCUCCAAGAAGAUUCACGUCCCGGAGCUGGCGUUGGUCAGGUUCGUUGUUUACGACGACGACUUUGGAAAAGACGAUUUCAUUGGCCAGUCUACAGUUCCCUUCACUAGUAUUCGGCCAGGAUAUCGACAGAUUAUUUUACUGGACAAGAAUAGCCAGCCGUAUACUUCUGGGAGUUUGUUUGUUCACGUGACCAUAACUGAAAGUGACAUUGUACAAACGUCGGCCGACAGUGCAGAGACUACUGCCUACGAAGGUAGCCGCAAAGGGCGUGGGUGCACUAUUGCAUGAAAUUUUCAUCAUACGUAUUUUUCGACUAAUUUAAAAUGAAUGCCUACAACAUUAUAGACAUGUCGCGCCUCGCGCCUUUCUCACACCAAAAAGUGGACUAAUUUUCACACUGCGUUGGUAUAGAUUGCUCUUCUUAAAUUUAGAUUAAAUUAAAUUAACUUUGCUGAUUGAAAAUCACACUUAAAAUGUGAAUUUCUCAUCACGCGUUUUUUUGUUUGUUUUUUGUUUUGUUUUUUGGCUAAUUCAAAAUAAUUGCGCACAUUAUCAUAAACAUUCGCGCCCUUCUGACACCAGAAAGUAUUGGCAUGGCAUACUGCACCAGCUGGCUCUCAUUGGUGGGGGAGGGGGUGACUAAAAGGAAACGACAAAGCACAACAUAUCCGUGAAUCAUUAAUUACUAAAUUGUUCAAAAUAGUGCUAGUUAAACAAAAGAAAACAAUAGAAUUAGCAUAAAAUAGUGUAAGUCAGUAUUACUAAUAUUCGCAAAAAAUUCUAUGCUAAGUUAGCUACUAAUAUUAGUUAUUUCCAGGUUGAGGAAAAACUGGGUCUAGUUGGAAUUGCAGUGAAUUAUGGGAGUGUUUUAGGUUACGAAAUAGGCGUCAUCUUGGAAUUAGGUCCCCUAAAACAGUUCCACAAUAAGGGUAAGCCUGAUAUAUGCUUUCUUGUAGCCCGAGUAACUGCCAUAUUCAAUUCUGAGUUGUGAUUUCUUUUUCUUAGUUUAGUUAAGGCUUUUCUAGGUUUAAAUUGUUUUACCUCUGUCAAGUAUCCCUGUAAUAAAAAAGAUAACUUUAAAAA